CUAAAACAUGCCUCUUCAAACCGGAUAUGGUCGCGCAACUGGGGUCAGAAGUUCUCUCUUACAGCCAUCUUGGAUAUAACGACCCAAGUCGCAACCAUGCCUGGCGAAGCCACAGAAACGGUCCCAGUUGAGCAGCCUCAGGCAGAGACUGCCACUCCUGCCCCGGCUGCCCCACAGCAGGCAGCUGCUGGUGCUGCUAAACCCAAGGGCAAAGAUCCUAAAGGUGCCACUGCACCAAAGGCUGUACCAGGCAGAAGGAAACGCUCCUCUAUGUCAGCCUCUUCUGCCUCUCCCACUUCUCCUAAAUCUACUUCUUCUACUCCUCUCUCACCUGCUCUUUCUCCCCUUGCCACGUCCCCCAGCAGUGCCUCUGCAGCACAUGGCUCUGCUCCAAAAGUGAUCAAGGCUGGCAAACAAGUCAAACCCAAAAAAGAGUUUGUGCCCACUGCAGUUGUAGGAUCUCCUGUUGAAUCUAGCGCUAAAAAAGAACUUGAGAAGAUCUCCUCCUCUCCAACUGUGAAAAGUGUCCUGCCUCCACCUGCCUUCAAGGUGACCUCCAAGCCUGCAGUGGCUGCUCCAAUCUCAUUUGCAGAUACACUGGCAACUAGUCCUCCCAAAGCAAUCGAAGAGAAGGUUCCAGCUAAAGCUGCUGAUGAUGACCUCCCUCCACUCAUUCCCCCUGUGAAGCCCCUCAAAGUCCCUGUUCUGCCUCCAGCUGUAGAAGUCCCCAAAUGCGCCACAUCUCCACCCAAGUCUGUCCCUAUUGAGGCUGUUAAAAAGACACCAAUAGUUGGAUCUGAGGCUAAACCAAUUCCAUCUGCAGCUAUUCCCAUUAACAAGGCUGCACCUGCUCCAAGAGGAGAUGCUGGCCUGGCAACAUCACCCAAACCUGCACCUGCUGAAAAACCUAUCCCAGCCCCUGUCGCCGCACCCGUCGCUGCGCCUGCCCCAGCACCCGUCGCUGCGCCUGCCCCAGCACCCGUCGCUGCCCCUGCCCCAGCACCCGUCGCUGCGCCUGCCCCAGCACCCGUCGCUGCGCCUGCCCCAGCACCCGUCGCUGCCCCUGCCCCAGCACCCGUCGCUGCCCCUGCCCCAGCACCCGUCGCUGCCCCUGCCCCAGCACCCGUCGCUGCGCCUGCCCCAGCACCCGUCGCUGCGCCUGCCCCAGCACCCGUCGCUGCGCCUGCCCCAGCACCCGUCGCUGCGCCUGCCCCAGCACCCGUCGCUGCGCCUGCCCCAGCACCCGUCGCUGCGCCUGCCCCAGCACCCGUCGCUGCGCCUGCCCCAGCACCCGUCGCUGCGCCUGCCCCAGCACCCGUCGCUGCGCCUGCCCCUGCCCCAGCACCCGUCGCUGCCCCAGCCCCUGCACCUACAAUCCCUGCCCCAGCCACUGCUCCUGUUGCUAAACCUGCCUCUGAAGAAAAACCUGCUACUGUCACUGCACCUGCCCCAGCUGAACCGGCUCCCACUGAAAAACCUGCUCCUGUCACUGCUCCGGUUGCUAAACCUACCCCUGCCACGGUUGCCCCAGCUGAAAAACCUAUUGAAGUCCCUAAACCUGCUCCGGCUAAAGCACCCGAACAGCCUCCUGUUGUAAAAGCUGCAGAGCCUAAAGCUGCCGAUGAGCUGAAACCAGUCCCUGUCAAAGCUGUGAAAACACCUAUUGAGGUGGACAAGGCUGCUGCCGUGAAGCCCAGUGUUACAGAGGCUAAACCCGCACUUGCUGCUGCGGAUCCAGCCCCUCGCAAACUGACUUUCGCUGAAGCAGUUGCUAAACCUGCCCCACUUAAGCCUGAAGUAGUCUCUGAGCCUGUCUCUGCACCCAAAGCUGCCCCUACAGCUGCUCCUGCACCAGCUAAAGCUCCUGCCAAGGUGGAGCCUGUGAUCAAGAAUGACCAGGGAUCAGGCACAGAGUCGGACAGUGAUGACUCCGUUCCUGAGCUGGAGGAGCAGGACUCUGCACAGACACAGACGCAACAGGCCCAGCUUGCGGCAGCAGCUGAAAUAGACGAGGAACCAGUCAGCAAAGCCAAACAGAGCCGCAGUGAGAAGAAGGCACGAAAGGCCAUGUCGAAGCUUGGUCUCAGACAGGUUACAGGAGUCACCAGAGUUACUAUUCGCAAGUCAAAGAACAUCUUGUUUGUCAUCACCAAACCAGAUGUUUACAAGAGUCCUGCAUCAGACACAUACAUUGUCUUCGGUGAAGCUAAGAUUGAAGAUCUCUCUCAGCAAGCCCAACUGGCUGCUGCCGAGAAAUUCAAGGUACAGGGAGAAGCAGUCUCAAAUAUCCAGGAAAACACACAGACGCCUACAGUACAGGAAGAGAGCGAGGAAGAAGAGGUUGAUGAGACUGGCGUUGAAGUUAAAGACAUUGAACUCGUCAUGUCACAAGCAAAUGUGUCGCGGGCGAAGGCUGUACGCGCCCUGAAGAACAACAACAAUGACAUUGUCAAUGCUAUUAUGGAGUUGACAAUGUAACGGGACUCCAUCAACUAAAAGUUGAAGAAAUGUUGCUGAUUAAAUUUAAGCUCGUUUAUACAAUUUAUACCCAAGAUGGAAAUAAAAUUGUGGCUUGAAAAAUC